UAGGCUUAUUCUGUUUCCAGGAAACCGGCCUUGAUUGUGAGAGGCAAUUUCCAGAGAUGACGUGUGCAGUCUUUUGCAACAAAGUCAAGUGUAAUGGUUUAUUUUCCUCUUGUGAAAACAGUUUGUGCUUUGCAGAUGUUGCAGUGCAAUGUCAUUGAUUUUCGAGCAGAGGUGUGAAGUUCUGCUGUGACCACUGAUUCCUAAAUUGAGCACCUGAAUGGUUAAGAGCAGGGGUACUUGAGCACUAUAUGAGAAGGUCCUGUCACACAUUUCCUAGGUGGCAAAGGUCUGGAUUAAUAUUGUCAUUUAUUGGUGUAACAAACCCCCAUCUCGCAAGUCGUGACCUCAGACUGUUCACUACUCUUGAUAGCAAAGAGAAAAUGUUGCAGUUUUAAUGCUCAUAUCCUGUAAUUCUACUCAUUUUGUCAUGUCUUGUUCAUAUGGUACCAGGGGUUGAGGCCUGACUAAGUACCCCCAAAAAUAAGAUUUUGAAAUAUUCUUUGAGCAUAGCCACAGGAAUUAGUUGGGGGGCUGUGGUUUUAGGGUAUGGAAAAGUACAAGGUGAAAUACACCCACCAGUUGAAGCUCAUUUACUGUACUUAUAUACCAUUUUAAAACUUUGAAAUGCUAUUUUUUUUAUUUUAUCUUCAUUUAACUAGACAAGUCAGUUAAGAACAAAUUCGUUUUUACAAUGACUGCCUACCCAAGCCAAACCCUGACUUGCCACUCGGGAGCCUAUUUGCAGAACAGCAAAAACAAAUAAUCUCAAUAUUAGGUUAUUCGUUUUAAAGAUUUGUGGAAUGGUGUGUGUGUGUGUAUAAUGUACUACUCAACCUCUACAGACAGCUAUAUCGAACUGCUAAUACAGUUUGGGGUGGCAGGUAGCCAAGUGGGUAGAGCGUUCGGCCAGUAACCGAAAGGUUGUUAAAUCGAAUCCCCGAGGUGACAAGGUAAAAAUCUGUCGUUCUGUACCUGAACAAGGCAGUUAACCCACUCGCGCAAACUAGGCCGUCAUUGUAAAUAAGAAUUUGUUCAUAACUGACUUGCCUGGUUAAUAAAAAUACAGGACUUGUAAAGGCCCAGUGCACUACUAUUGGGAAACAAUAUUUUUGCCCUAAAAUAUAUAUUUUGUAUUAAUAUUGGGUUUUUUGUUUGUUUUUUUGGGGGGUGCUGCAGCAUCCCCAGUACCCCUACUUCCUGCGGCUAUGUCUCUGUGUUCCAAUCGGUUUGAAUCAGACUUGAACGCUGGAAUUAACUGAUCUUCCUCUCCAGAUGAGGGCAACAUCUUUUGGACUUUUUCAGCACAUUUUGUUAACCUGGAAGUUAUUCUGUGAAAUGACAUCAGGCCACGAGUUGAUAUUUUUCUCUGAUUGGUUUAACUAUAUGGUCCAAUCAAAGUUGAGAACGAAUGCCGAAGGCGGGGCUUACUUGCGUUCCAGCCAAUCAGUGCCAAGUUAGUAAAACUUGCCUGGGCUUGUUCAGUCGAGUGUUCGGGAUGGGUGGACGUGUCAGCAGAGGUAUGUUGCAGAUGUGAUACUACAUGGAAAGAGCAAUGUCUGAAGCAUGGACUUCAAUUGGAAGCAAAACCCAAAGCAAUUCUUGGGGACUUAUCAACAACUACAGAUAUUUAUCCCGGAAAGCCAUGUUCCUCAGUGCAGUGGAGAACGCCAGAGAACGGAAGAAGCAUCAAAAGAAGAAUAACAUCUCCAAUAAGAGAAAAAGGAUAGAGGAAAACAAUAAAACGCGGGACACUCUCCAAAGAGUGAAACAUAUCAAAUUACCUGCGAGACACACGUGUCUAGAAGUUGAUGGCACUCUAAAAACCACAGACUCAUGGACUCAUGUUGCUAAAUUUGGACCGCCAUUGCUCCCUACAGUAGAGGGUUUACCGAUAGCUGCUUCUGGGGACAACCGUGUCUCCAACCAGCAGACUUCAGCAGGCAAAAAGCUGGUUGGGGCCGCUCUGAGUGAGCUAUGGGAGGUGGACAGUGGAUUCUCGUCUGAGGCCAGCCCUCCUGCUAGCGGACGCAGUUCUCCCUGCCUCACCAUGUGCCCGACCACGGUGGUGGCAAUGGACUGCGAGAUGGUUGGUACAGGGCUCGCCGGGCGCACUAGUGAAUUGGCACGCUGCAGCUUGGUAGAUUACCAUGGCAAUGUCCUGUACGACAAGUACAUCCGUCCGUGCCAGGCUGUGACCGACUACAGGACCCGUUGGAGUGGCAUCCAGAGGCACCACUUACAGAACGCUCUGCCCUUCCCCAAGGCUAGGACAGAGAUACUAGGAAUACUGGAUGGGAAAGUGGUGAUCGGCCACGCUCUGUACAAUGACUUCCAGGCCUUGGAUUUCAACCACCCAGGUCACAUGAUCAGGGACACAAGUGGUAUGCGUCUGCUCAGGCGACUGGCUGGCUUCCCCACAAAGCGCUGCGUCUCACUCAAGAUCCUGGCCAACAGCCUCCUAAACAGGAAAAUACAGGUUGGAAGGAGGGGCCACAGUUCAGUGGAGGAUGCUCUGGCUUCCUUGGACCUGUAUAAACUGGUGGAGGGGGAGUGGGAACAGGACAUGCGAGAGAGAAUGACGGACCGAGACACAGGCACUCUCCCAGACCCCGCUACCUCAAACCACUACAUGCAGGACCAGUACUGGCCAGAGGACUUGACCGAUGAUGGCCAUUGAGAGAAGCCUGUAUAGGAGGGUUGAUGGGGUAGAGGUAGGCCAGGGGCGUUUUAAGUCAAGUGAUCCAAGUUUGGCAAGCAUGGCAGUAUGGUUUAGUCAAUAUCAAGCUGCUCUUCUGACUGGCUAUUAACUGAAGUUCAUGGAAAAAGGGGUGAUAUUAGAUGAAUCUGAUUAGCUGAUGUUGCACACAUCCAUGCUGGGAGCCACAGUUUCCACAGGGGAUAAGGUCAUGGCAACACGUCAAGUCGCUCAAUGUCAAGAAUGGUGUCAAGAAAGGGAGUGAACUGGGAAAGGAGGGGAGGGUAAAUGCAAUGACGAGGGAUUUAUUUGAAUGCAUUUCAGCCGUAUGUCUUUGUAUGUAGAGCAUGUUUGACUUAACAUGAAGAUAAAGUGGUAAUCGGAUACGAAACACAUGCUUAACUUACUACUCGGAUAAUUAGAACAAUGGCAGGAAGUCUAUGGGCAUCUGCUAGCAGCCCUUGUGAUAACACUAGUUAAGAGGUAGUUUUGCAAACCAAUGUUAACUUCCUUCAUACUAGACAGACACAAUUUUUUAUCCACGAGUUCAUCGAACUCUGGAAGUAGAUAAUGGGCCUCUGCGGCAAAAUCCUGAAGUAUCCCUUUAACGCACCAUUUAAGCUGUCUUGCACGAAAUUACACCAGUAUCUCCCGGUGAGUGGUCCUUUGCCCCUUCAGUCACCUAAUAGUGAACCAGACUGCCAACUUGAUGUUUUAUGCUGCUGUUCUAUGAAGACCCUGCUGUGCCUGUGCCCUAAUUGGAUGUCAAUAUGUUGGAAUAAAAUAAUUUACGAAAA